AUGCAUGAAAUUUUUGCACAUAUUAAAGAUAUGGGGAGUGUUGCUGAAAUGUUGUCUUCUUACACUACACUAAUGGUGACCAUGGGUGACCAAUUACCAAAGAAAGUAUGCAACAAUUGUUUCUAUAGUUUGUUAAAUUUUCAUAAUUUUACAAUUAAUGCUUUAAAAGCUGAAAAGAAGUUAAAAGAGUAUUUUGAAAAUUUUAAACCAGCAUAUAAAGAAGAACCGAAAGAAUGUGAAGAUGUUGAUGAAAAGUGCUUAAAACGGGCAGAUACAUCAAAUAUAUCAGGGUUUGAUAUGGAUGAAAAUGAAGAUUACAAUAAUUCAAUGGAUAGUAACAUUGAAAACAAUACAUUUAAUAUGUUAACAAAAAAAGAAGAAGCACAUUCCAAAACCAAAAAUUUAAAGCUAAGAUGUGAGGUUUGCAACAAAAAGUUUAAAAAGCAACCAAACUUGAAACAUCAUAUGCAGAUGCAUUCAGAAGACUACAACUGUACUUUAUGCAAACAGAUAUUCCAAGAUAAUAAUAGUUAUUUACAACAUCUCGUCAAACAUCAAGAAGAUCCUAAAGAAAAUUUCCUAACCCCUGCUUCUAACUCGAAUAACAACCAAAACUUAAUAUGUGAGAUAUGCUCUUUCUCCUUCAAGUCAAUACCUUCAUUAUCAGCUCACCAAAAAGCACACAUACCUAAAAACCGAGUACUCCAAUGUGCAAUAUGUAAGAAAAUAUUUAAAAAAAUAAGUCAUUUAAAACGUCAUGAACUCACUCAUAAUGAUAACCGUCUUUUCAAAUGCAAUAUGUGUCCUAAAUCAUUUGCAACGGAAGAUAAUUUAAAAGCUCACAUAAAUAAACACAAAGGUAUCAAGAACAACCAUUGUCCGAUAUGUACUAAGAUGUUUGCUCAUAUUGAGUCUCUUACGAGGCAUAUAAAACUCCAUACACGCGAGAAACCAUAUUUAUGUCCUACCUGUGGCAAAAUGUUUGAUUCUAGUACAAAUUUAAACCAACAUAUUAAACGGCAUACUGGGUUAAGGUUAUAUGCUUGUAAUUUGUGCCCAGGAAAAUUUAUAAGUAAAGGUGAACUAAAAUCUCAUAGUAUGACCCACACUGGUGAACGUCCAUUUGCUUGCGACUUGUGCAAUGGAGCCUUCACAAAACGCAGCUACUUAGAGAAACACAAGUUCACACACUUAGGCGUUAAACCACACCAGUGUGAUGUUUGUGCCACGAAAUUUGCGGAUAAAAAUCACUUGAAGCGUCACUACAGAAUUCAUACGGGUGAAAAACCUUACCGUUGUGACAUCUGUGACCGGGCGUUUACACAGAGCAAUGAUUUGGUUAAACAUAAGAGAACACAUUUAGGAAAUAAUGUGUAUAAAUGCGAUGAAUGCAGUCAAAGUUUCAGACUCAAGAUGGAACUACGUCAACACAUAUCUGAACAUUUCAUAUCGGCACAGCUGCAAUCAAAGGUCGACAGCAAUGCUGAGCAAGGCCAGCCAAUGGAGGGUAGUUGUAAUUUAAAUGUGGUUCAAACAAUUCAACCACAAAUUUGUGACUUAUGA